AAAAAGGAGUAUUCAAAGGGAUUGAGAAAAUCUUCAGUGUAUAAUUAUUUUUAACAAAAAAAUUAAUAUGGAGCCCGACGUGGUGGAGAUCGCUCCUCCGCUGUUCCCUUCGGGUUCGAGAACUCGUAAACCCAGAAAGGCUGUGAUUCCUGAAGUGAUCGAUGUCGAGCAAUAUGAAUUUCGCAAUGGCGGUGACAACAAUAGUCUUGUUGAUGUGAAGAACAAAGGGAAGGCUAUUAUACAAGACUGGUCCUUUUAUGAUCAUAACCUGUUUAAUCCUGUUGACAAUGGAACGCUGCCUGUGGAUAUUGAUGACUACUCCAUGUUUCAAGCUGUUCUAAACUCUCAGGACUUCCCAACUGAUGCAGAAGUGUUCAUGUCUACUACUCAACCUUGGGGGUUUCCAAAAUCGAGUAAAAGCAGCUCGACGGAAGCUGUUUGGAACACAUCUAUGGAAACUCCUCAGUCAUGGGAUUUCUUCUCUGGUUUGGCUUUCCCUCAGACCAAUCAAACUAGCUACUCAUCCACAAAGGUUCUACCUCAGGCUCCUGAGAUAGUGAUGAUGCCAGCUCCUUCUUCGAGACCUUUUAAACUUGAUGGUUCUUCUAAGACUGUAGCGGCUGAGGUUAUUCCUUCAGCUCAGGCUAACUUUCUAAAGAGCUUCAAAAGGUUUGACACUGUUGAUGACUUCUCAGAUCAUUACUAUACUUCUAAGGGGAAAGCUACAAAGCAGCACUCAAAGAAUUGGGUGAAGAAGGUUCAAGCAGAUUGGCAGAUUCUUGAGAAUGAUUUGCCAGAGACUAUAUUUGUCAGAGCUUGUGAAGCAAGAAUGGAUCUAUUGAGAGCUGUAAUCAUUGGAGCUGAGGGAACUCCUUACCAUGACGGUCUUUUCUUUUUCGAUAUUCAGUUCCCUGAUAGCUAUCCUUCAGCUCCACCAAGAGUUCAUUACCAUUCUGGUGGGCUUAGAAUAAACCCGAAUCUAUACAACUGUGGUAAAGUAUGUUUGAGUCUUCUAGGUACCUGGACUGGUAACUCUAGGGAGAAAUGGCUCCCAAAGGAGUCCACUAUGUUACAGCUUCUUGUCUCAAUCCAAGCACUUAUCUUGAAUCAAAAACCAUACUUCAAUGAACCGGGCUACGAGGCGACCAUGGGGACUCCAUCAGGGGAGACUCAUUCCAAAGCUUACAGUGAGAACGUAUUCAUUUUGUCGUUAAGGACCAUGGUUUACAGCAUGAGAAACCCACCCAAGCACUUUGAAGAGUUUGUUCGUAGCCAUUACUUUGUGAGGGCACUUGACAUAGUGAAAGCGUGCAAUGCUUAUAAAGACGGAGCUCCUGUUGCUUCUAUAGUGAAAGGUGGUGUACAAGACAUUGAAGAAACUAGUGAGAGCGGUUCCAAGAAGUUUAGGACCGAUGUGGCUGCCUUUAUGAAGACAGUUGUGGAUGAACUCGUUAAGUUGGGAGUGAAGGAGCUUGAAGAAAAGCCGAAACCACUUCCUGAGAUUUAUGCUAACGCAGAGAGUAGUAAAACAACCCGUAAGAGAAGCAGAUCAGCUAGGUGAACUAAGUCUUAAGUCCACCAUUUUGUUUCUCAUGUUCUUAAUAAUCUGGAAGUAGAGGGAAAUAGGAAAAGUUCUUUUUGUUGUUUUCCCCAAAUUUGUGAUAAUUUAUAUUAUGAUGAAUAUUCUUGAGAAAUAGGCAAUGUGCGUUUUUAACUCCAACCGAACUGAACCAAUGGAACCGAAAUCAAAAUAAAUUUUUAUAUAUUUG